AUGUUCAAACUGCGAAGCGUAAAGCAGAAGACCAACCUAAAGAUGUCAAUAUUGCAAAAGGCCGAUAGUGGACCGGGAGAUGCCGGCAAACCACAGAUAUUUUCGUUCGUUGCAGAUGGUCGACGGACAGUUCACACAACAUAUCCGGAUAAAUCAGAGAAAGUGGAAGAGUACGAUCUUCGCGACGACACGGUGUUGGUCCGUAAAUUCCGUAGACCUCCCUCUCUUUUUGGACGAGAGGCAAUGUGGGAGUAUGAGAUCGGCGCCCCGAGGGAAGGCACGGAAGCUAUCGUCGGGAGUAGUGACAGAAAUGAGAUAGUUAUGGCGCCCAGUACUUCAUCUCCUCUCUGUGUUACUCGAGACACAAAAGAGGCUUUCGAGUGGAGGAUACGUAACCUCCCCUAUCCUCGCGAUACGUAUAGUGUUCAGAUUGAUGGAGAUGCCCGCGAGAUUGUUAUCAGCACCACCAACAAAAAAUUUUAUAAACGGCUGCGUAUGAGCGAUAUACAGACACUCGGCCUCUCCCUAAAACGUGAGAGCCUCUCUUGGACUCAUCAGCAUAACACACUGGUUGUCUCCUACAAAAAGCCACAAGAAGUGAGUGACUUAUCUGCUAAACAACCGCUUCUGAGAGAACACGGGCUUGUUCUUUCACAUGCCUAA